AUGACUAGUUCGACGCCGACGGUGCCGGCUGAGAAGCGGAUUGGCGAGCUGGACCUGUGGUGGCCGCGCGUAGUUCCGUAUUCAAGGCCAUCUGCCUUACUCGCGACCGAGGCCCAAAACCGCGACCCCCCUGACCAGGGUCGGGUCGCCAUGCUGCUGCCAGACGCGGACUUGUUUCCAGAAAGAAGCACGCCGUAUUCUGCAACUCUUCGCGCCAACGAGUUCCGACUGAUCAAUCUCCCAGCGGUCCAUGAGUACGAUAGCCCCGUCCACUUGACGCUAGAAAUCUACGACCUCGAUGACUGUCCCGAGUACGAGACGGCCUCAUACACAUGGGCUGGCGAGGAUGAGGACGGCGCGCUAUGCAAGCCUGUCUACAUCGGCCCGUUCUGGCACGUCCUUUUGCAGACGAAAAACUGCUGGGAAAUGCUGCGCUCUGCACGGCCAUGGCGAGGAACACGGAUGAUCUGGGUCGACGCCAUCUGCAUCAACCAGGGCAACAUCCCAGAGCGUAGCAGUCAAGUAGCAAACAUGGGCCGCCUGUACCUCAGCUGCAGCAGGACUGUCGUUUAUCUGGGGCCCGACGUGGUCUCUCCGAUGCACGGCAAACACCCCCGUCGACACAGGCUGCAUGAACUUGCAACAGGCGCUGUGAAGCCACGCUUCGUCGACAUUUCCGGUUCACCGAAGACGCCUCCGCCGCAUCAGCUGAGAGAUCUUCUCGGGCGUCGGUACUUUUCUCGGAUUUGGGUCAUCCAGGAACUGCUGCUCUCUCAACGCGUCUCAAUCCGCGUGGGUGACGUGGACUUCUGGGCUGACCCGGCCAUGGCGACUUACCUCGAGGCAAGUUUACCUGGCUGGGACUGGGAAGACACGGCGGCCGCGUGGGUGCAACACAUGGCGAAAGGAACUCUAGGUAUUAAGAGCCUCCAGGAACUGCUGAGACUGACCUCACGAUCUCAGGCGACGGACCCGAGAGACCGUCUUUUCGGAUUGCUCGGGAUUCUUCCCGAUCUGUCAGCCUCGAUGGAGGAGGUGGGCGGUGAUUCAUCGCUAUCCCUGCGUGGUCUUCACGCGGACUACUCACUGUCCUAUCAACAUGUAUUCAUUGGCCUCUUCGGUUACUGUCUCAUAAACUUGAGGCAGCCAACUAUCCUUCACCAUGCUUGGGGUCCUGGGUCACAUGGGGAUAAAUAUCCCACAUGGGUUCCAGACUGGAGAUCACAACAGACUUGGGAACGAUUAUUCUUACACCCGCAAGCGGAUAAACAGCGUUUUUAUCAAAUUGGCCAGACUCUUCAUGUCGGUGAAGACGGCCAAGUAAUGCCAGAACUGAUUACGUCGUCAGUUGACUUGUAUGACCUGGUUGGUCCCGGCAACGAACACAUCACGGCAAAGCAUUCAUGGUAUCAUGACGCGCAGAUAAACCCUUCUACUGGUGCGUUGAGCAUCAGGCUAACUCAGUAUAUGGAUCUGCCAGGACCAAUUUCCUACAUAACAGAUCUGGAUGGUUUUGGACUGUUCGCAUUGCGAAGGAAGCACUUCACUGUAUUCUUACUCUGCAAAAGAAGACUCGACAAGCUUAUAUCAACUUCAAAUUCCUGCCAGCUUUUCGUGCUCAAUGUGGAUGAUCAGACUCUCAUGUAUCUCGUGCUUCAGCGCUCAUUUGUUGGUGGCCGCGACACAUAUAGCCUUGUGUCAACCUGUCCCCAGGUUUUGGUUCAGAUGCCCUCCCACCGAAGCCAUAACGAGCUGCCGAUACUUCGAUCUCUCACACUGGAAGACGUACAGUACAGCGUGUUUGACCAGCUUCAGGAAGUUUGGGAAAUACUCUAUCGCUUAUCUUUCGAUAAGUAUGACCCCGGAUUCCAAGAGCAUUUUGAGCUGCAGCGCCUUUUUCCCGGUGUGAGAUCAGGCCGCCAAAUCUUGGCUACUCUUCGCGCUCUAUAUGUUGUUCUCCAUUCUGAUAACAAGAAAGUGAGCGAGACAGCCAGGCUGUCUAUGUUUGAGAGUGCGUACCUUGGAGAUAUCAGCAGUAAAUUGUCCCCGCGCGUCAAGGAGGAGAACUUGAUCAUAUCCUUCCCAACUGCAUGGAGAGAUAUAUGUGGUCUGUAUUUCCAAGACAGGCGGUUCGAUAGACCCCACACCACAUACUGGUGGUCCUACCGCUUCCGAGGUCAAGAUCCCUGGAUGCCUGCUCCGAUCCCAUACGAAACUUAUAAAAGGAUUCUCGAGUCGAGAAGAGACCAGUGCAUCGAGGUGCGGCUGUCGAUAUCCAGGGCGCUCCUCGUUCUCGCCCUGUCGCCUGGGGCGAAGGCCCUGAUGCAUGCUGUCAAGAACGCGGUCAAGUUGACUGGGUUGAAAGACGCUCAUAUAUGGGACAUGCUGGAAGAGAUGGGGCGAAAAGUGAUUGCCCUAAAGGCUGGGUCGUCCCAGCCUAAUCGUCACGCCGGAGGUGACGUGUCAGAAUCUCCAGAUUCCGUAGAAGAGAAGCUCGAACAGAGUCGCUUUAUUGGGUGCGUAUAUGAGAAGCAUAUUACCCCAGACAUCACAUUUCGUCAUCUUAAGGAUGAGUUGGGAAUGGAUGGCAGCACCAGGCGGAUAAUCAUCGAGUGA